UCUUUUACCGUAACUGGGAGUGUGUGGUUACUUUUCGAUUGACAUGGCAGCUGUUGCCAAACAGCAGCUGCUCUUCAGCUCAACGUGAGUCUACUAUCCUUGUUUUACGGUCUGAAGCAGCGAUAUAUGAUCGAUAAUAUUGCUUUAGUUGGCUUGUUCGCUGCCUUGUAGGUUCAUGUGGUUAGCUUAGCCUGUUGUACUUUGAUCUUUGAUAUCGACGUUGCUGUUGACGCGGCGGAAGCGACGAACGGAACCAGAACUGUCAUAUUAAAAGUCAACAAUAACCAGGCAUAAAGGACAGACCGGGAACUUCUUUGUUUACAAGAUGAAGAUGUGCCAACAGCUGGAUCAGUUUUCCUCAGAGCUAUCAGUUCACAGCAGAGUUAUCUGAUUUCACUGCCUCUAAUUCCUCAGAGCAAACCGUUUUCAAUGUUGAUCUGAAGAGUUCGGAUUAGACCUCAUUGCUUGUUGGAGUUAUUUGACCUGCCGUCGGGUUCAACUCUUUGUUUUCAUCAAUGCGGCAAUGGAAGGUUUUCUUCAGUCAGCACAUGCGAUGGUCCAGCGCUUUCACUCAAGCCCUCACCCUGUCCAUCAUCACGUUCUGCGUCGUCCUGCCUCUGUGCUGCCAGCGCCUGCUCUAUUCCUACUACUUCUUCAGGUUCACGUACCUGAACUCCAUGAGCGAUGAGGUCCUGCAGAAGAGCCUUGAGCGAGGCCAGGACGCUCUGCACUUCUGGCAGAGCGGCUAUCCAAUGGAGUCGACCAGAUUCAGCGAUGUCGCCCAGAAUCCGGAGCUGCUGGUGACCGUGGUGACGGCCAGGCGCAACGAGGGACGGGACUUCCACUACCUGCUCCAGGUGAUGCGGCAGCUGAGCAGAAUCGCAGCUGACUGUGGGGGUCGGCGAUGCGCCGAGAUGCUGCUUUGCGACGUGGAGAGCGGCCCGGAGGAAAACCAGGACGCAAAGCUGCUGGAGGGUCAUUUCAAGGUCAUACGGCGUUCAACUCAAGAGCAGCAAGCCAACAGGGAGUCACCCAACACCUUCGAGAGGGAGAAGAGGGAUUACGUGUUCUGCCUCCGCCAGGGAUGGGAGCUGGUCAAGCCCAAGAACAUGAUCCUCCUGGAGGACGACGCUCUACCUGGAGAGGAGUUCUUCACAGUGGUUAAGGAUCUGCUUUCUCGCCGGUUUGCCUUCCACACGCUGUACAUCAAGCUGUAUCACCCUGAAAGGCUGCAGCGCUACUGGAACCCCGAGCCGUACCGCAUCCUGGAGUGGGUGGGGCUCGGUUUGGUGGGGGCAACCGCGCUCCUCCUCUCAAUCCCUUACUGUAACCCCUGCUCCCUCUCCUUCACUCUAUCGGCCAACCACCUCGUCUUCUUCACCCUCUACUUUAUGGUGGCCGCCGAGCUGAUAGGAAGGCACUACCUCUUGGAGGUGCGGAGAAUCUCCCCGCAGCUCUACGCCGUCUCCCCGGCAACCGAGUGCUGCACCCCGGCCAUGCUUUUCCCCGGCAACGCCUCGCUAAGGGUGGCGGACUUCCUGGAUGGCUCGWUCUGCUACAAAGGGAACGCCAAGGAUAUGGUUCUSUACCGCAAGGCCAGGACCACUCUCGGAGAAAGAGCGCACAGCGUGGAACCCAACCUCGUCACGCACAUCGGGGCCUAUUCCUCAGUCAGACCCAACCCAUCCAGGCCCAAACUCCUCUAAAAAAACCACUUCACUGCAAAAAGUGUUUUUUGGUCUAGUUUUUGGUGCAGAUAUAUUAGUACACUUAAAAUAAUACAAGUUAUAAGUAACUUUUCAUCAAGAUAAAGUGGCUUAUUUUAGCUCAGUAAUUUCUUAACAUUCCUCUGGCAGAUUAUUUGACUGAUAACAUA